GGAAUAUGAUGUCAUCGCGCUAUACAAGUAGACCGGCUUCCGAGCACGAGUAAUAAACAAGACAGCCCAAAAUGUUGGUUCACUACAAGAUAAGAAGUGUACGCCUAAUGUCUGUAUGUCGGUUGGCAGCAGCAACAUUUGGAAGCUCUACAAAACAAGGUGUUAUCCUGCACUCUCUCUCUAAUAAUGUUUACGAAAACCUAGCUGUGGAAGACUGGAUACAUGAUCACAUGAACUUAGAGGAGAAGAAUGUAUUAUUUUUGUGGAGAAAUUCACCUUCUGUGGUUAUUGGCAGGCACCAGAAUCCCUGGAAAGAAUGCAAUCUCCAUCUAAUGAGAAAAGAAGGAAUCUGCUUGGCAAGGAGAAGGAGUGGUGGUGGGACAGUUUAUCAUGACCUCGGAAACAUAAAUUUAACAUUCUUCACAACAAGGAAAAAGUAUGAUAGAGUAGAGAAUCUCAACUUGGUUAUUAGGGCUCUUAAAUCCUUGCAACCUCUUUUGAAUGUACAAGCAACACCUAGGUAUGACCUAUUUUUAGAUGAAAAAUUUAAAAUUUCUGGUACUGCAGCAAAGCUUGGAAGGAAUGUUGCUUAUCAUCACUGUACACUCUUAUGUAGCGCAAAUAGCUCUCUGCUGCCAUUUGUUCUACAAAGCCCUUACCGAGGUAUAGAGAGUAAUGCUACAGCAAGUGUGCCAUCACUUGUCAGAAACCUAUCUCAGGCAGACUCUACUUUGACCUGUGAAGCUGUGAUGGAAGCUGUGUCUUCAGAGUAUUCUGCUCUUUAUGACAAUAAACCCAGUGUUCAGCAUAUAGAUCCAAGCAAUGAAACAUUAUUUUCUGGUAUAUCUCAGAAGAAGAGAGAGCUAUCCACUUGGGAAUGGAUUUAUGGAAAAACACCAAAAUUUGGACUUGCAACCUCUUUUCAGAUUAUGUACAAGCAGUCCUUUCUGAAUGUCAAUCUAACAAUGGAAAUAAAAAAUGGUUACAUAGAGACUUGCUUCAUAGAGUUUCCUGAUUUUUGGCUUCCAGAAGAAUUGUCUGAUGAACUUCAAAAUGGUUUAGUGGGCAGUAAGUUUUGCCCCAAAGAAACUGCAUUUCUGUUAAGUACUUUACUAAGAACAUGUUCUCAAGAUGAGGACGUUUCCACAAAAUGGAACUUGUUGUGUGAAAAAAUUAUGUCAAUAAUGUGACAAUAUAUAUAUGUGUGAGA